GACAUCGACAGGUGUUUUUCGUAGAAUUUUAAAAUAUGACUAGAUAUUAUCUUGUACGUCGAAUUUCUCUUAUUGUCCUGACGGCCUUGACUCUGGCCAUCUCUUCCGGUUUACGUUGCAGUAACGAACCGUGCAUGUACGGCAUUUGUUUGGAUGAUACGAACAGUUCUUAUUCCUGUUACUGUAUCGAUGGAUAUACUGGAAUCAAUUGUGACAUCAAUUGGGACGAUUGCUGGUCCAAUCCUUGCUUGAACGGUGGCACAUGUAACGAUGCAGUCGCUACGUACAAUUGUAGCUGUGCCGAUGGUUUUGUAGGAGUCAAUUGCGAGCAACGUUUUAGCGAGUGUUUGAAUCAGCCUUGUCUCAAUAAUGGAACUUGUUUGGAUUACAAUGGUUUUGUGUGCCAAUGUCCUGAAGGAUAUUCAGGCGAUUACUGCGAGAUCGAUGCGUCUGUGUGCAAUAAUACAAUUUGUAAAAAUUUUGGAGAAUGCAUUGAGGGUCCUGGAUUCUUAUUCACUUGUCGUUGUACCGAAGGAUGGACAGGAGAACUGUGCGAAGAGGACGUGAACGAAUGCGAAAAUUUUCCCUGCCAAAAUGGUGGACUGUGCCUUAAUAUUCCAGCCAGUUACACGUGUGCCUGUUUAUUCGGAUUUACUGGGAAGGAUUGCGACAAGACUAUUGUGCUCUGCGAAUCGAACCCGUGCCAAAACGAUGCCGUUUGCCUCCUGGAGGACUCUCAACCUGUCUGCUACUGUGUUCCUGACUAUCAUGGAUCUCUCUGUGAACUGCGUUAUAACGAUUGCGAAUCAAAAUUUGCACAAUGUGAAAAUGGAGGUACCUGUAUUGAUGGGAUCAACAAUUUUACCUGUGCUUGUCCAGUGCCUUAUACUGGAGACAUGUGCGACCGCUAUAAUCCCUAUGCGUAUUCCUCGACAACCCAGGAAGUGUUUAUUACAACUAAAUCAUCUUCGACGAGCGGGACCACUGAUUUUCAAGAAUUUCAAACUACGACAGGUCUGGAAUUUCCUAGUACAGAACCUACUGUGUUCACUGUAACAAAGGAUGGUGUUUCACUAACUAGUGCAGUCUCAGUUACGGAUUUUACAAUUUCUGAGAGGAACGCGACGAGAGUCACAGAAGCAUCUACGGAGACUAGUGAGAAACCAGUGUUGACUAACUUUACUAUUAAGCCUGAGGAUUAUGCUCCUGGUGGAAAAAGUAGCACCGAUGUGACAAGAAGUAGUUAUGACAGUACAAAGAAUAUUAUCAAUGAUACGGAGAGUACAAUUACCAGUACCAAGGCUGUUAGUGUGGAUACGACAGAAAGUACAAAGAAAACUACAAAUACAAGUUCUACAAGUGAAAUUUACACUGCCUUUUUUCCUACGAUUAUUUCCUUUACUGAAUCAACUGUCACUACAGAUUUUGAUAGAGAUAAUACUACUGCUGUAAUUAGACCUACAAUGCUUCCUGAGGACACUAUGGGAACGUCUACCAUGAAAACGGAAGAUAGAUCUACUGUUAAGGAUUUUAUUACUGUUUUUACGGAGACGACUUUAUACGACGGUACCAAGAGGAUUUCGGAUACAGAUAUGAGCGAAUCUACAAUUGUAAUGAGUGAAAAAACUCCUGAAAUAACAACGCAUGGAAUUACGCAGUUUUUCACUGAGGCGCCUUCUGCUGUGGUAACUUCUAAAACAAGAACAGAAAUUCCGAGUACCGAGCCACAUAUAAUCACUUCCAAUGUUACUGAGAGAACUACUAGUGCAUUUGUGACGACCACAGAUAAAUUAUAUUCUUUGACCAGUGAUGUAAUGACCAGUGCUAGUGAAACUGUGGAAGCUGAAACAACUACAGAAAAGCGUGUCACAAUUUACAACUGUACACGGCAACAAUGUUUCAACAUAUCACUCUGUAUAAAUGACUCCACCGAGUGUGACUGCAGUUAUCAAGAUAAUUGCCGGACUAUGCCAAGUAUAACCAAUGCUGCAUUCAACGGCAAAUCUUUUGUAAGACAACAAUUUCUAGUAGAUGGUAAUGGUUCGCUUAAGAUAUUUGCCAGACUGAAAACUCUAUCUAAAAGUGGAAUCCUGGUGCACGCCUUUUUCGAUGACGAUAGAUAUAUUCUAUUGUAUAUGCAAUCUGGACAAUUAAAGUUUCAAUUCUCUUGUGGUCUUCAGACUAUGCUUCUUGGAGAAAUUGAUUCUCCAAUAAAUAAUGGAUACGACGUUGAUCUGGAGAUGAGGUUUCAAUAUAUUAUGGAUAUCAAAGGAGAUAAAUGUUCAGCAAGGCUACUAGUAAAUAAUACUGUUGCUAUGAGUGGCGAACAAAUUGUUUCGUUUCAAGAGAAUAUUCCACAUCAAGGAAUGUUACACCUUGGUGGGAUUCCUUUGGCUUUCUCUCAUUACUUUCCACAUAUUGCUCUUGGAUUUGUCGGCUGUAUGAGUCAAUUAAAAGUGAAUGAUAUUCAAAAACAUUUUAUGUACGACUCUGUGGAGACGUAUCAAUUGGAGGAAUGUACUUCAUUUUUGUGCUUGACAAGUCCUUGUAGAAAUUUUGGAGCUUGCAAAGAAGUCAAUGGCAAAAUCAAAUGUAAAUGCAUUGCCGGAUACACUGGAGAAAUGUGUGAGAAAUCUGUAUGCGAUGAUAACCCAUGUCAACUAGGAGCAACCUGUAUAAGUUCACCAGGAACAGGAUUCCUGUGCGUCUGUCCCUUGGGAACACAUGGCCUUCUCUGCGAAGAAGACAUCGUAAUAGUACAACCUUCAUUCUCGGUUUUCGUACCUGGCUUUUCAUCUUAUGUGGCCUAUGGACUCACCGGUUCCAUAAAAGACAGUAUGGAAUUAAAGAUGCGCCUUAUACCACAGUCCAUCGAACAAAUAUCCCUGUUAGCUUUUAUGGGUCAAACAGGUUCUCACAAAGAGUUAACAGAUCAUUUAUCAUUAACUUAUGUUCGAGGAUAUAUUAUGCUCACUUGGGAUCUAGGAUCAGGUGUAAGACGAAUAUUCACAAACAGUCCAUUGACUGCAAAGGUACACAGACCACACACUGUUCGUAUAGGAAGACGUGGUAGAGACGCUUGGCUCUCUGUAGAUGGUUUAGAAAACGUAACAGGUCAAUCAGCUGGUACGAUGACCAGACUAGAUGUUUCUCCAAUAUUGUAUAUCGGUGGACACAAGUCAAGGAACUUUGACACACUGCCUCAUGAUUUGCCACUGCACACCGGUUUCUCUGGCUGCAUAUUCGACAUAGAACUCCGCCUGGAAAAUUCUCUGGUUCCUGUGAGUAAGACCAGUCCUGCAACGGGACGUGGAGUUGGAGAAUGUCACAGGAACGAGUGUACUCAUCGUUCAUGUAAAAAUGGCGGAGUUUGUCUCAAUCAUGGACCCACGUACAGCUGUGUCUGUAUGAAGGAUUGGGAAGGUCCUGACUGUUCCGUACCAGCCAAGAUGUGUUCACCCAGUGAUGAAGAGUAUUGAGGAAUUAUUAAUGAAUAAAUAGAAUUAAUAGAAAAGUUAAGUUAGAAUAGAAUGACGUUUUUUUAAUUGAAUUAUUUAUUAAUUGGCUACGAUCGAAGAGCUGUUGCUCUUCGGCUGACUAGUUGAAGAACUUGAAUUUAAAUGGAUAAAAAGAAUUGCUGCCGCGAGACGCCC